AUGGAAGAAAGUGAGAAACACGAAAUAAUGGAAAAAGAUGAUUAUGAAUAUUUAGAAAUGAUGGAGAAAAGGGAAAAGGAAUAUCAAGGAGAGAUGGAAGAAGACAUUAAAAAGAUUGAAGGGAUAAUCAAAAGAAUCGAAAAGAAAGAACAAGAGAAGGAAGGAGGGAGAAACAAAAAAAGGGAAGUAGAAGAAGAAAGGACGAGAGAAGAAAUUAAAGAAGAAUUAGAAAGGAGAAAAGAAGUAGAGAGAGGGAUUAAAGAAAAGAUUGAAGAAGAGAAAAAACGAAUAGAAGAAGAAAUUAGAGAAUAUAGAGAAGCAAGAGAAAGAAAACGAGAAAGAAUAGAAGAAGGAGAAAGAGAAUUACAAGAGAACAAUAGUUUAUUAGGACAAUUUGGAAUUGAAGUAGAAGCAAGGAAAGAGGGAGAAAAAGAAAUAGUUAGAAUUAUAUUUGAAAAAAUGAGAAAAUACAAAAGUGGAGUUAUUGAAAUGAAAAUAGGAGGAGGAGUUAUUCGUGUAAUAACAUGUCAACCCGAAAUUAAAGAACUUGACAGGUUAUUAGACCAAUUUUAUUUACAUCAUAACUUUAUGUUAUUUCUUAUGCAAGUUCGUCAAGGACUUCAUAUUUGUUAA